AUUAGCCAAAAAAGCUGACCCAAUAUGCAAACGGGAGAAGCAGUUGGAGAAGCCAACUUUUGACAUUGUAAACAAAUCUCAUUCUCAAGCAAACUCUCCCAAAGUCACGAAGUGGUUGUUGAGAAUUUUCCUUUUUUCAAACAAAACAAAAGGAACAACUCAACACGUUCUGGUUUUUCUCAGAGACACCCUUUUACUAUUUCUCUUCUCCUUCUCAAAAAAAAAAAAAACACACCCAACAUUCUCGUACCUUUCUGGGGUGUCAACGAUUUUCCCUCAUUCAUUUUCCAUUGCCAAAAAAAUCAUACCCUGAAAUUAAAACAUAUUUUUUGGUGGGGGCGUGUCGUGAGAGAUGUGCCCUUUAAGGUUUAUCUUGGUGUUCUUCUCCGCCGUUCUGGCCGGUUAUUUUGCCUGGAGAACAGUGCGUUCUGACCCGAAGAUCGAGGUGUUUUCUGAGGAUUCUGCUGAAGAAGAUAGAUCAUCCAAGAAGGAAGAUUUUGAUUUCAAAAAGAUGAUCGAGAAUGGAUUUUGGGUUUUCAUUGACAUGGCUAGUGGAAGGUACCUAUGGAGGAAUUUGAAGCAAACCAAGAAAGAUGCUGAAUUGAAGAGCUCUUAAAAGGGACCCUCUUCUUUAACCAUUAGUCUUUUUUAUGAUUUGUCUUGUGCAACCUAAUAUAAAUUAUUGUAUUUUCACUUCUCUUUGUGGAUUCAAGAAUGUUUGGUGCAUAAAUUGGGGAGAGAAAAACCAUCGUGGAAAUCUCAUUAUUCUGCAUAUUCUCAUUGUUUAGAUUUUUUCCUUUUCUUCCAUUUCCAUGUAAAAACCUCUAAAUGGCAUCACUUAUGGCAAGCUUAGACAUGGAUUUAGUUGAUGAAAUUGAAAAACCCUAGACAUUGUUUGAUAA